ACAACCUCCGCAACAACUGUCCACAUCAUUGCCGCUAUGGUGAAAGGAUAACGGCAUCUCUGGAGGCAGCGUAUCGCCUUUAAAGAUUGAACUUCCAAGAGAGGAGGGACGUUAACAGGAAUGCAGUUAACGUGAACCAUCGGCACUGAAGAACUGGUGCUGUAGAAUUCUGGGGAUAAUGUGAAGAUGAGUUUGCUGGGAUCUGUCCGCAAUUUGUUGCUGGCUCUUUGUCUGAUGUUGGUCUUGGGAUUUCUCUACUAUUCUGCUGGGAAGUUACACAUGCAUGGAUGGGGACAGGAAGCACAAUAUGAUAGACUGGGAUUUCUGCUGAAGUUAGAUUCCAAAAUCUCAACAGAAUUGAACUAUAAAAAUGGAAAUAUCACAGAGGGUGGCUGUAGAAAAGGAUUUGCUUCUGCACAGAUGACAGCAAUCUUCCCAAAAUUCUCAAAACCAGCACCAAUGUUUCUUGAUAACACCUAUAAGAGAUGGUCGAAACUCAAAGAAUUUGUUCCUCCAUUUGGAAUCAAAGGGCAAGAAGCAGUUAUACAGAAGAUUCUGGGGAUAACUAAACACUAUACCUUGACUUCAUACCUGGAUAGUUUAAGCUGCAAGCGAUGCAUUAUAAUGGGCAAUGGAGGAAUAGUGGCCAACAAAUCCCUUGGAUCAAGGAUUGAUGAAUAUGAUGUUGUAAUAAGAUUGAAUGAAGCUCCUGUGAAAGGUUUUGAGAAAGAUGUUGGCGCAAAGACAACUCUUCGAAUCACGUAUCCUGAAGGUGCCAUACAGAAACCAGCGCGGUACGAGAAGGACUCACUCUUUGUGUUUGCUGGAUUCAAACCCCAAGAUUUCAAAUGGUUGAAAUACAUUGUUUACAAAGAAAGAGUGAGUCCUUCAGAUGGUUUCUGGAAGUCUGUUGCUACAGUUGUCCCAAAGGAGCCCAAAGAGAUCCGAAUUCUGAAUCCUUAUUUCAUCCGUGAAGCAGCUUUCACAUUUAUUGGCCUUCCAGUAAACAAUGGGAUGAUGGGUCGUGGGAAUAUCCCAACACUAGGUACAGUGGCAAUAACAAUGGCAUUGCACAACUGCGAUGAAGUGGCAGUGGCUGGGUUUGGCUAUGAUAUGAAUGCUCCAAAUGCACCUCUUCAUUACUAUGAGAAUGUUAAGAUGUCAGCCAUCAAAGAGUCUUGGACUCAUAAUAUCGGAAAGGAGAAAGAGUUCCUUCGGAAAUUGGUGAAAGGGCAAGUGAUUACAGAUUUGACAGCUGGGAUUUGAGGCAGCUUUACUCUAGUCGCAAAAUAAAAUUGGGGAAAUGAAGCAAAACACAAAAGCAAACAGAAAGAGUGGCCUGUGGACUCGGAAAACCUCAACUGAGGAUGAGGAUACAGCUGUACCAAACUACCGGGAAGUCUGCACAUCUGAAUACAAACACUCACGUGUCAUCUUGCAUCAACAUUAUAUUGAGGGGGGGAUUUCUGUGCAGUUACCAUUCAUUGCCCCACUUUAGUGUGCAAUGAGAAAAGAAAGACAUUGAUAGACGUGCCAUAAUUACCUCUGGAGAAAGAAGUGCAACAGGAUUGUUGAGGUAUUUCUCUUUUAUAGCUUGAAUGUAAAGACUUUCUUAAGCUGUGUGAACAAACACUUUUACAUUGUGUUUUAUUCUAGUUCGUUAUUUCCUCUUCCAACCCCAAAAUUCAUGAGACUGGCUGUUCCGUCCCAGACUUGUCCAUUAUUGCUGCUAUUCCCUUUUGGGGUAGAGGAUUUUUUUUUAGAACUAUAUCUUGAAGAAAGAUUUGUCUAUACAGAACAGAAGCUGUGAAAGAGGUUAAAUAUGGUCAACCUCUUUUGAUUUUAAGAGCAGGAAAUCGUGUAUUACUGGUAAUAUUUUGCUCUGUCAGUGCUGGCGAGUGCUGCUACACUAGUGUGUACAAUGAUCAGAAGAAAGUGUUCCUUCAAAUGGCUUUAGUAACUGGAAUUCGUAAACUUGAAACACAAUUAAACCUUCGGCAAGUACACACACUUCCCAGUUUGGAUAUCUGCUUGUAAAGCAUAUUUUUUAUCGUUACAAGUAGAUCAUGUCAGAACAAAGGACAAGUCAUACAGACAACUGUUUCAUGUGCUUGUAUUGUGCCACAGUAUUAUUGAUUUGAAUUGUAGUGUUACUGGCUCAUGUCAUGCCAUGGUAAGAACACAGCUUUCAAGACUUUGGAAGAACAUUUCUCAGAUAGCUGAAUCUGCAAUUCUUGCAGGACUAGCAAGUGAACUACACGAGGUGGCGUUAUCUCACCACCAUUCAAUAAACUUUGACCAGGUGUCACCUGCGGCUCUUUUUUUGGCAGAAUAUGAUGGUUUUCAAUUCUGAAAGACUUAGUAACUAUGUUUUUUUUAAAUAUGUUUUCUUUCUUGUUCAUUGGUAUGG